GUUAGGUAUGGAACAUGACGGACAGGGGAAUCGUUGUUCUGACGAGACCAGCAUGGGGAGUAUCAUGGCACCGCUGGUCCAAGCAGCCUUCCAUCGCUACCACUGGUCACGCUGCAGUAAACAGGAACUGAACCGAUACAUCCAUUCUUAUGACUGUCUCCUGGACAACCCUUUUGAACACAAGUGGCCCAAGCUUCCUGAGCUACCUGGGAUUAACUACUCCAUGGACGAGCAGUGUCGUUUUGAUUUCGGCGUGGGCUACAAGAUGUGCAGCGCUUUCCGGACCUACGAUCCCUGCAAGCAGCUGUGGUGUAGUCACCCUGACAACCAGUACUUUUGUAAGACCAAGAAGGGUCCUCCGGUGGAUGGGACGGAGUGUGCACCGUCCAAGUGGUGCUUCAAGGGCCACUGUAUCUGGCGCUCCUCUAACCAGCCUCAGGGCCAUGACGGUAACUGGGGGUCCUGGACUAAGUUUGGGUCCUGCUCCAGAACCUGUGGAGGUGGAGUACGCUCCCGGAGCAGAACUUGUAACAACCCUGUGCCUGCGUACGGCGGUCGGGAUUGCCCCGGGUCCACCUUCGAUUACCAGAUGUGUAACAUGGAGGAGUGUGUCGGACCCUACGAAGACUUCCGCGCUCAACAGUGUGUCCAGAGGAGCAACAAAUAUCACAAGAACACCAAGCACACCUGGCUACCUUACGAACACCCAGAUGAGGCUCACAAGUGUGAGUUGAGCUGUCAGUCCAAAGAGACCGGUGAGGUGGUGGUCAUGAACCAGGUGAUGCAUGAUGGGACGCGGUGCAGCUACACAGACCCUUUCAGUGUCUGCACCCGGGGGGAAUGUCUGCAUGUGGGCUGCGACAAAGAGGUUGGCUCGUACAAACAAGAAGACAAGUGUGGAGUCUGUGGUGGGGACAACUCCCACUGUCGCACUGUCAAACUGACCCUCACCAAGAUACCAAAGAAAACAGGCAUGCUGAAGAUGUUUGAUAUUCCAAUCGGUGCCCGACACAUCGUUAUAGAGGAGAAUGAGACUUCCUCCCACAUAAUUGCUGUUAAGAAUCAAGUCACAGGCAGCUUCAUAUUGAACGCAAAAAGUGGAGAUGCCAAGUCCAGAACCUUCAUCGAGAGCGGUUUGGAGUGGGAGUACGUCUUCGGAAGCGGCGAGAAAGAAACCCUGAAAACAAUCGGCCCCCUUCACGAGGGUAUCGUUGUUCUGGUCAUUCCACAGGAGGAGGACACUAAGAUCAGUCUGACAUAUAAGUACAUUAUCCAUGAGGACCUGCUGCCGGUCAUCACCAAUAACAAUGUUCUCCUGGCCGAGCUGGAUACCUACGAGUGGGCCCUGAAGAGCUGGUCGCAGUGCUCUAAACCCUGUGGGGGAGGUAUACAGUACACCAAGUACGGAUGCAGAAGGAAGAGUGACAGUCGACUGGUGCACCGGAACCUCUGUGAAACCAGCAAGAAGCCCAAACCCAUCCGGAAGAGGUGCAACGUGAACGAGUGCAGCCAGCCAACGUGGUUGGUGGAGGAGUGGAACCUGUGCAGUAAGACGUGUGGGAAGAUUGGCUACCAGUCCAGGGUUGUUCAGUGUAUGCAGGCCCUCCACAACGGCACCAACCGGACGGUCCACACUAAGUACUGUACAGAGGACAAGCCUGAGACCAGGAAGGUCUGUAACCCCUCUGCUUGCCCUGCGCAGUGGAGGACAGGGGCCUGGUCACAGUGUUCAGUAAGCUGUGGAGAGGGGAUUCGACAGAGACAGGUGGUGUGUAGAGCCACAGACAACACCAUCGGCCAUUGUGAGGGAGACAAGCCUGAAACUGUCCUCAUCUGUAAACUGAGCCCGUGUCCAGGACAGUCAUCGCUGCCCCCGUUCACCAAAGAAGCGAUGGAGAAUUCAACGACAAAGACGGAGGGUGUACAUCAGAUUGUUCCUGAGAAUCCUGUCCACAAACUCUCCUUCAAUGAGCCAUGUCUUGGAGACAAGUCUAUAUUCUGCCAGAUGGAGGUCCUAGCCCGUUACUGUUCCAUUCCUGGCUACAACAAGCUGUGCUGUGAGUCCUGCAACAGGAAGGAAGGCUUCACCACCCUCUUCUCUCCAUCCCCAGACCUCCACAAGACUGGAGGAUCCUCCGACUCAGACUCUGAGACUGGCCAGGAGACCUCUACCCAGCCCAACCCCACCGCCUCCACCACCCAACCAUCAGACUCCCCGCUCCCCACCACCACCCAGAGCCCAUCCCGAACCACUAAGACCCCUAGACGGCCUCGCUCCACUGCUCAGGGCCUGACCACCUCACCGUCGGCAAGUGCCGUCGUUCCCCAGGGUCCUUCCUUUGGGGUCGGAGAUGGAGACUUGGUCCCUGGGCUCCCUUCUCUACCUCCAGGUCCCAGCCCGCCUCUCCGGCCCCGGCUCCGAUCCAUCGCUUCUCCAGACUCCAAUGGAGACGCUGCUUUAUCGCCAUCUAAAGAGCACAGCAGUCCAAACAACCGCUCUUUAGGCCAAUCCGCCGGCCCCGGCCCUGAACCCGGGCCUGCUGGAACUGUGGCUGGCGUUGCUGCUGCCAGGUCAAGAAGGGAGGAUGUAGGAUCAGACUCGGCUCACAGAACCAGAACAACCAGGACCCUGUCCCAUGUGCUGACAUGAUCACUGACUUAUCCUGGGACUUGCUGCUCAGUAAUAUGGUCCACCGUGACUUCUGCCAGCUCAACGUUAUUGCAACGUUGUUACAGCAUUAGAGUGUUACAGCGUUACAAUGUGACAAUGUUACAAUAUGACAAUGUUACAAUGUGACAACUUUAUUACAACAUUGUUACAACAUUAUUACAACCAUCUGAUGGAUUAUCCUGGACUGGACUCUCACCCAAUUGCUGCAAGAAUAAAUUAACAUAAAAUAAAAAAAAUAAAAAUCCAUGCCAGUGGACUUAGACCACUAAUGGUUACCUCAUCGAACCAGCAGAGUGAUCUCUAUGCAUUUGCACUGCAUCACUCAGCCCUCUCUGCUUCAGUUAAUAAAUGGAAUAAUAAACAACAAAAUAAAAUGGUGCUGGAACUAAAAUGACUACAAGACAUGUUAAACAAUGUGACGACUGCAUUGCUACCAUUUACUUCCUGAUCUGUGUACAGUUGUGCAAACUUAUUUUGAAAGUGCAUCAGAACUACUUAUUGAACUUUAAUAUUGUGAAGAUAUUGUGUGUGGCACGGCCCAAAAAAAAACCUUCACUUUGAGGGGCUGUCACAAGUAUUGAUGAUGUCACCAGUUUGGAGAUGAUGUCACAAUGUAUUGGUGAUGAUGUCGCAGUGUCUUGGUGAUGAUGGCACUUCCUCCAGGGAGCUUUGUAACCUCUCCCCAUUGGUGCUCUUAUUGUUGACGUGCUUCCCAAACAACCAUUUACAAGAGAUUGACCUCAGAGGUCAUCUAAAGGUCAACAGGUCAAGUCUGUUUGUAAAGCCAACCCCACUGUAGCAUGCACAUUACCUUUGUGGAAAAACUCACACAUAUGCUUUAAAAGAUAAAAAGAAAACCAUUCUUGAUAUUUUUUUGUAAGUGAUAUAUUUUUCAAGUAAUAUUGUAUAUAGUGUACAUUUCAGCAGCAUAUUAUUAUCUAAGAAACUAACAGCCAGCCAACAGAAUGUAAAGUAUAAUGAUGUCAGUCGAGAAGUAGAGAGAAUGCUGUAAGUCUGCAGAGUGGUUGGUCUGAUGUCACGCUGUUUCAAGUUGUGCAUUACCUCAUUUCUGUCUUGCAGUUCAUAACAUCAUUAUGUGUAUUGUAUAGUUCUUGUAUAUACAUGAAUGAAAAGCUUUAAAUGUUAAUAUUUAUUAAAUUUUUAAAUGGUAGGGAGAAAAAAAACGUUUGAAAGAAAAAUGUAAAAGUUGUCGUCUUUUUUGCAUCAUCUUGGACCGAGUCGAGAGCUAAUUAGCUGGUGGAAAAACUCAGUCAGAUUAGGACAAUACCCCGUGGUUCAAAUCCUUUUUCCUAUGCUCAAACCUUUUUUUAUGCUAACAGCAGGAUUCAGUUCAUCCCAGACCACAUCUUAAAAGGACAAUCUGCAGUUGAUACAUUGAUCUUUAGACUUCUAAAUAUUGAUGAUGUAUACCCAUUGAUUCUUGAAGAAUAUAACUUAUAGAUGCCUCAUUAGCUUAGUUCAACUG